AUGCCUCCAGGACGCCCGCCCUCAACGGCGCCCGCCAACCAUCCGGCGCUCUCGCUUUCCAUCGGCUCAGACGACCGCAUCCAGCUGCUAGCAAAACUCACCCCAAUAUCAAUGCCCAACGACGCUCUCGUGGACGACUUGAAGAGAAGCUACCCGCACGAAAAACGGUGGACGCGGUUCCGCAAUUCUGCCGAAUACGUGUUUGUGAUGCUGUGGACGGCCCAGUGCCGAGGAUACGUGAAGUUGGCGCUGGAAUACUUCGACGCUGAUUUGUUGGAGAUGGAGCUUUUCGCCUUGGUCCAGCCGCCUGUCGUGGACGAGAUGGCCUUGCUUUCAAACAAGUUGCGCCUUGCGUUGCUUCUGAAGGUCCACGGCAAGAGAGUCCACAGUUUGGCCCAGUUCGAGCAGCUUUUUCGUGUUUACUACGGGCCCGACACGCCUCUCAAGGGCCACGCUGGCCAGCUUUCUGACCAGCUUUCAGGCCAGCUUUCUGACCAGGCAUCGGACGAAGCCGCCCCCCUCUUUGACGAUCUCUUCAUCGACGAAAAAUUCCACGUUUUGUACCUUCUUAUGGCUGAAGUCUCCACAUACGCCGACUUCCGCGAGUACAUCGACAAAAACAGCAUUGCGCCGGGUCAAUUGCGUCCGGAAAUCUUGUUUCGAGAGCCUCGUGGCGCUGAGGUGGACGAGUACAUCUUGGUUUUCGACAAUACAACGUGCUACAGGCGUACUACCAGGGCGGUGGAGCUCGAGGUGCCGAAAAAACGCCGUUUGGCGCCCUCAGACCCGGACACGGCGCUUGGCCCGGGUCCCUUUGACGUGUCGGCGUCCCACGAGAUCGUUUUCCGCAACGUCUACGAGCUCGACCGGUUUAUCGGCGAGUUGAAGCAGAAAAAAACCAAAAAAAACCGGGCGUUGCUCGAUGUGGUGGCCAGCGACGACUUCGUCGACCAUAUUUUUGCGUGUGAGUUGAAAAAACGCCGAAUCAUCCACUCAAGGAAGAAAGAGCUGCAAAUGGCCAGAUUGCUUGCUACAAGAAAACGGUCUUCGAGAUUGGAGGCCAAGGAGAAACAGAGAUCGCAGGAAGAACACGAAAGAAAGGCCCACGAGCUUGCAGACUUGCAGUAUGCUGUUUUGCGGCGGUCUUCUCAUCGAACACGGGCUCAGGCGCAAAUGGACUAUUCUGCUGGGUUGACUCGAGAAGAACGCUUGAAGCGGAGGCUCGAGGCUGACGUCGGCGAGCCCGAAGCCGACGUGAUUCUUCUGGAUGUCAAAUCUGUGAAAUCGGAGGAUCCUGAAGAGAUAGAGGUAUCAGCAAAGUCUGAGGAGCCUGAAAACACAAUAACGCCAAAUGCCAUGGACGUUGAUGCUUCAGGCGAGCCUGAACAAGCACAACAUGACAAUCAAAAUGACAAUCAACAUGCCACAAUUCCUACGACCAGCACCUCUUCAAACGAAGGCAGCUUUUCAGGAAAUGGUCCAGCGUUCUCACAUGAUGAAUCCACUCUGCCAAAGCUUGAAGAGAUCAACAAAGGGCCCAGCGUUGCACCAGAACCUACAGAAAGAGUAACUGACAAUUGA